UCACUGUAGAAAGGAACUGUAGGAGAACCACAGCACAAAGACAAGAGGAAAACCAGCUUGGAGAGACAAAAAUAACCAAAUAUUUAAGUGUUCUGCAGAUUGUUAUCUUACUUUUGGUCUUUAUUCCUUUGAUUUUGAGUGUUUUAUGUACUGUUAAUUUGCGUUCAGUAGUUUAUGUUUGGGCAUUUUAAGCUGCUAAAGAGUAGAGGUUGUUUUUUGGGGCUUUUCUGAGGUUUUCUGAGCAUUGAACUGAUGCUGCCCAGUGCAGGUUUGUGCAUUUGGGGUGUGCUGAGUGCCCUAAUUCUCGUGGGUCACUCUGGAGCGUGCCCACCUCACUGUUCCUGCACGGGCACUACUGUGGACUGCCAUGGACUUGCCUUCAAGAAUGUGCCACGAAAUAUACCAAAGAACACCGAAAGACUGGACCUGAACGCAAACAACCUCACACAUAUUGGCAAGGACGAAUUCGCUGGCCUGAGGCACCUCAGAAUUUUGCACCUCAUGGAUAAUCAGAUUGUUUCUUUUGAUAGAGGAGCCUUCAAUGAUCUGAAGGAGUUGGACAGACUGCGUCUCAACAGAAAUCGUCUUCAGCAACUCCCUGAGCUGCUGUUUCUAAAAAAUCCUGCUCUCUCCAGAUUGGACUUAAGUGAAAAUGUCAUCCAGGUCAUACCAAGGAGAGCGUUUCGAGGUGCCACAGACAUCAAGAACUUACAGCUGGACAGGAACCAUAUUACAUGCAUUGAGGAUGGAGCAUUUCGUGCAUUGAGAGUUUUGGAGGUCCUAACACUGAACAACAACAAUAUCAGCACCAUCCCUAUUUCCAGUUUCAACCACAUGCCCAAGUUACGUACAUUUCGGCUGCAUUCUAAUAGUCUGCGAUGUGACUGUCACCUGUCAUGGCUGUCUCAAUGGCUCAGGCAGAGGCCAGCUUUGGGUCUGUACACACAGUGCAGUUCUCCUCCUAACCUACAUGGCCUCAACCUGGCUGAACUGCAGAAGAAAGAGUUCGCAUGCACUGGCAUUUUCGAUUCAAGUCCUCAACCGUGUGGUCUGGCAUCUGGCUCCUGCCCGCCGAUGUGCACCUGCAGUAACAAUAUCGUGGACUGUAGAGGAAAAGGUCUUACAGCCAUACCAGCAAACAUGCCUGAGAGUAUGACUGAGAUACGAUUAGAGCAGAACGGUAUAAAGUCUGUCCCUCCUGGAGCAUUCGCCUCUUAUAAGAGACUGCGGAGAAUAGAUAUGAGUAAUAACCAAAUAUCUGAAAUUGCUACUGAUGCAUUUCAAGGACUGCGCUCACUCAACUCACUGGUUCUUUAUGGAAAUAAGAUCACAGAUUUGCCUAGAGGUGUUUUUGACGGAUUGAGCACAUUAGAGUUACUAUUAUUAAAUGCCAAUAAAAUCCACUGUGUUCGUGUUAACGUCUUCCAGGACCUUGAGAACUUGUCUUUAUUGUCUCUCUAUGACAAUAAGAUCCAGACUCUAGCCAAAGGCACCUUUACACCACUGAAAUCCAUCCAGACUCUACAUUUGGCUCAGAACCCGUUCGUUUGUGACUGCGGUCUAAAGUGGCUGGCGGACUUUUUGCGUUCUAACCCGAUUGAGACCAGCGGCACUCGCUGCUCCAGUCCACGACGACUUGCCAACAAACGUAUCAGUCAAAUUAAGAGCAAGAAGUUCCGCUGUUCAGCAGCCAAGGAACAGUACCACAUCCCAGGCGCAGAAGACACGCGUUUGAAUAAGGACUGUAACAGCAAGCCCGUUUGUCCACCGAAAUGUCGCUGUGAAGCUACUGUGGUGGACUGCUCAAAUUUACGCCUUACCAAGUUCCCAGAGCACCUUCCACUUUCAACAACUGAACUACGUCUCAAUAACAACGAUCUGUCCAUCCUGGAAGCAACAGGACUCUUUAGGUCCCUCACUCAUCUCAAGAAGAUAAACCUUAGCAACAAUAAAAUCUCUGAGAUUGAGGAUGGAGCUUUUGAUGGGGCGUCAUCUGUGGUUGAACUUCACCUAACUGUCAACCACCUGGUGUCCGUGCGUGGAGGAAUGUUUCAGGGAAUGGACGGAUUACGCAUGCUGAUGCUCAGGAAUAAUCGCAUCCGCUGCAUCCAUAACAGCAGCUUUUCUGGCCUUCAGAACGUGCGUCUGCUCUCGCUCUACGACAACCAGCUCACCACAAUCAUGCCUGGCGCUUUUAACACGCUGCCAAACCUCUCCACACUAAACCUGCUGGCGAAUCCUUUUAACUGUGAUUGUCGUCUGUCUUGGUUGGGAGAGUGGUUUCGUUCUCGGCAGAUUGUGACAGGCAAUCCUCGCUGUCAGAAUCCCACCUUCCUCAGAGAGAUCCCACUGCAGGACGUGGCAAAGCCAGACUUCCUCUGUGACAAGGUUAUCUUGGAAGAGGACAAAAUCUGUGUGCCGAAGCCAGAGUGUCCAGAGGAGUGCACUUGUCUGGAUACCGUGGUGCGUUGCAGCAACAAACACUUGUUCAGCUUACCACAAGGCAUCCCACACAAUGUCACUGAACUAUACCUGGAUGGGAAUCAGUUUGUUGCCGUGCCCACAGAGCUCUCUACUUUUAAAUACCUGCAGCUCGUGGACUUGAGCAACAACAAAAUCAGCUCCUUGUCCAACUCAUCUUUUGCCAACAUGAGUCAGCUCACAACACUCAUCUUAAGUUACAAUGCCCUGCGCUGUAUCCCUCCUCUUGCGUUUGGAGGACUGUCCUCUCUUCGACUGCUAUCUCUCCAUGGCAACAAUAUUUCUGAACUACACCAAGAAAUCUUCAGAGAUGCUACAUCUUUAUCGCACCUGGCCAUUGGUGCAAACCCACUGUACUGUGACUGUCGCCUGCACUGGCUCUCCGACUGGGUGAAAAGUGGAUACAAGGAACCUGGUAUCGCCCGUUGUGCAGGGCCACAGGGCAUGGAGGGCAAACUACUGCUUACAACACCUGGCAAUAACUUUCAAUGCACAGGUCCUGUGGAUCCAUCUGUAUCUGGGAAAUGCAGCCCAUGUUCUUCAAACCCCUGUCAGAAUGAGGGCAGAUGCCACAAUGACCCCGUACAUCUGUACAAGUGCACCUGUCCACAGGGUUACAAGGGGAAAAGCUGUGAGGUCCUUGUUAAUGCUUGUGAGGGAAAUCCAUGUGUAAAUGGAGGAACCUGUCACAGUGAAGAGGCUAGAAAAGGCUUCAGCUGUAUGUGUCCACUGGGAUAUGAUGGUCAGUUCUGUGAGGUGGAUGUUGAUGAUUGUGUGGAUAGCAAGUGUGAAAAUGGCACCAUCUGUGUGGAUAGAGUGGGAAACUACACCUGCGUCUGUCCUCACCCCUUUUCAGGCCAAAGGUGUGAAGAAUAUGAGGAAGAUCUGUGUUAUCCUGGUCAAAAUCCAUGUCAUCGCGGCUCCACGUGUAUACCAACCGUCACAGGACCUAAAUGCAUCUGUCCACCUGGUUUUGUGGGCGAUGAUUGCAGUGUUGAUUAUAAUGAAUGCGAGGGACAUUAUUGUCAGAAUGGAGCGCAGUGUGUGGAUCAUGUGGCUGGAUAUUCCUGCAUUUGCCCACAAGGUUACAGUGGUCGAUUAUGUGAGGUGGCUCUUUCUCUAUCUGGCUGUGAGUUGGUGUACUGUGACAAUGGCGCCCCCUGUGCGGAGAGUGAAGGUGGUGCAUUUUGUCAGUGUCUCCCUGGGUAUGGAGGGCCACGCUGUGAAAAGCUCCUCAGUGUCAACUUCAUUGACAGAGAUUCAUACCUGCUGCUAAGUGAAGUAAAACACUGGCCCCAGACCAACAUUACUCUACAGGUCUCCACAGCUGAGGACAAAGGGAUUCUUCUGUACAAUGGAGUCAAUGACCACAUCGCUGUAGAGCUGCAUGAAGGACACAUCAAAGUGACCUAUGAUUCAGGAAACCAGCCGGGCAGUGCCAUUUUCAGCUCUGAAAUAGUGAAUGAUGGACAGUUUCAUACAGUUGAGUUGGUUACUUAUGACCGGAUGGUCAACCUCUCCAUUGAUGGAGGUCUUCCCACGACACUGGACAGCCUGGGACACGUCCAACCCCUCACAAAAGAUGCCCCACUAUAUGUAGGGGGUAUGCCUGAAAAUGCCCAGUCGCUCUCUUUCAACCAGUGGCCUACUCUCAAUGGCUCCAGUUUUCAAGGCUGCAUACGGAAUCUCUACAUUAAUAACGAGCUGCAGGACUUUACUCGUACACAGAUGAAACCUGGAGUGGUGCCUGGGUGCCUGCCCUGUCAAGAACUACGCUGUGUGCAUGGACUGUGCCAGCCAAACACUGCGGUCGGGCCUGUGUGCCACUGUCAGCCAGGCUGGGGUGGGCAACACUGUGAUCAGGUCCUACUUGAAGCUGCUACCAACCCUUGCCAAAAAAACAAGUGUGUCCAUGGCACCUGUAUUCCAGUAGACAUACAAUCCUAUCACUGCAAGUGUACAGAGGGUUUCCAAGGCCCCCUAUGCAGUCAACAGUAUGCAACGCCCAGCCCUUGCACAGCGCUUUCAUGCCAACACGGCUACUGUGAGAUCUCACAGACGGGGCAGGCACAGUGCAUCUGUGACAGUGGCUACAGCGGCCAGUUAUGUGACUUAGUAGCUCCUUGUCAGGGCGAAUCCGUGAGGGAUUUCCAUCGCAUGCGCCGUGGUGAAGUCCAGUGUCAGAGCACGCAGCCCCUGUCCUGGGUGGAGUGUCGCGGCGGCUGCAGGGUGGACACGGGCUUCUGCUGUACCAGCAUCAGGAUACGGCGCAGACGAUACAGUUUUGAGUGCGACGAUGGCACUUCAUUCACACAGGUCGUAGAAAAGACGGUAGAAUGUGGCUGUGAAAAGUGCGUCUAAUCACACAGAUGGAAGAUAACAAGCUGCGGAGGACAUGUUAAAAAUUGUGUCAAUGAUUUAGAAAUAGUGUGUUAUUGUAUCUAUGUAUCAUGAACGAUAACAUCUGUGAUGUAGAGAGGUUUGAACUAUUUAAGAAAUGAUAACUCCUGCAUGAGAAUGGUCUAAAUGGUUGACGUCUAAAUAUUGUGAGCUACAGAGUUGUGCUGUCAGUCAAACAAAUUAUUAAAUAUAGUAAUAAGUUUCUUAAUUUUAAUUAUACAGUUUAACAGACAGCAUGCUAUACAGGAUUUAUAGUAUUAGUAAUAUAAUUUGUAAUAUUGUAAAAUAAUUAACAUUUUUAAGUUUGAUUGUAAUAUAUACUGUCAUCCAUUUUAAAAUAUAGUAUUUUUGUAUGUUAAACACCGACACUGGUGACAUUGGUACAGUUUUUUACCUUUUAGUCUGUUUUCUAUCCACAAUUUUUUUAUUUUAUUUAAUGCAGUCUCAUACAAGCGUUCUUGUGUUUGCAAGUGAUUUUGUUUCUAUUUAUUUCAUUAAAGAUUUCUUUUGUCUCCUAAAAAAGUUAUUUUAUUUUAUCUAGUGUGUGAUUUUUACAGCGCAAGUGGGCGUGAACGGGACCGUUUGCGCUAUCUGUGGGUGUAUGUGCGAAAACUGUGGGUGUAUUGUUUGUUAAUGAAAUGGUGCAAAGCGCAAUUUGCUAUUUUUCUGAGAAAUAGGUCACUGUGCCAAGACCUUUCAAAAGCACGCCUGUUUGCAGUGCAACAUCUAAAUUCAGUUCCUGCAUUAGCAGUUUGGAGAUUCCACCAGCAGGUAGUAAUAUAGUUCAUGUCCAAGCUCUUAGAAUAUAGUGGAACAUCAAACGAUGUCCAUGCCGAUCACUGUUGUAGCUAUUUAAUGAAACACAUAUUUAUGAGAUUUCUGUUGAACUAUCUUUAGAUCAUGGUUUAUUUUAAUUAUAAUUUUUAAUGUUUAUAUAUACAGUUGUGCUUAUAAUCAAAUUUAUAUUGGUAUUUUUCCACCUGUUGUCGUAGAGUGAUUUUUAAGUCACUGCAAAAGGGGCCAGUGGAAGAGGUUGCAGAGAGUAAAAUGUUUGGAUUUGUUAUGAUUUUUUG